AUGAUUUUUGGCUGUGUCUGUAGGAAUAGCAGAGUGACCGACAACCACCGCGAAAAGCUCGGCACCACCCUUGGCACCACCGCACCGAAAGUAAGCGGAAAGGCCAUCAAGAAGUCGUUCGCCGGCAAGGCUCAGAAGAUUAUCGUGAAGGGCGAAAAGAGGAAGAAGAAGCCACGCCGGAAGGAAAGCUACGUUAAAAGCUUCGUCAACGACAUCUGCGAACGCAUCGCCGCCGAAGCCUCCCGUCUGGCGCACUACAACAAGCUGUCGACGGUCACCUCCCGGGAAAUUCAACCCGCCAUCCGGUUGCUGCUCCCCGGAGAGUUGGCCAAGCAUGCUGUGUCCGAAGGUACCAAGGCCGUCACUAACUACACAAGCUGGAAGUAA